UCGACCCUACAAACGCCCUCGCAACCCCGUCUACAGGCCCUCUAUACGUUCACCUCUAACCAGGAGCUGACCAACCCAGCGGGUUACGAAGCCAAUCUACGAUGGUGGUCCUCGGUAUUGGAGGAAUCUCUCAGGGAAGGAUUGCUCGGACGUGGUUCGGACUCGACGACGGUCGACAGGCUGGGGUUCGAGGUGGACAAGGAGGCAUUAGGCAGGGCGUUCGAGUGGACUGCGGGCGGGUUGACGGGGACGGGAAGGCCAAAAGGGUUAGCAAGCGUCGUCGACUCGCAACUCUCGUCAACGCCACCCAAUUAUCUCCCCCUUCCUUCAUUCCUUUCUUCCCCAUAUCCCAUCUCUCAAACCCCUUCGCUCACUUCUAGACUCAUAACCGCUCCGCUCUGGUGGGGUCUCUCCAAGCUGAACCCGUUCGGAGCCUCGUCGUCGCCCAAAGGAGUUGAUGAGGAAAAGAUAUGGAAACGGUUGAGGGGCGUCAGGGUGGUUCAUCUUGGGUUGGUCGAGGAAGUCGCUCAGAACUUGAUCUCCCACCUCGCCUCUUCCCCACCUCUGACCCCAUCGGCACACCUUCUUACUACGAGCUCAUUCCUCAGCCGAUAUUCUACUAUGGUACUGCCUUCCUGUUCACGUUCGGGGUCGAGCAAAGAUCAAGAGCAGGUCGGAAUCAGCGAGAGAGAUUGCAAAAUCCUGUUGAGGUAUCUGCAACGGGACAAGAAGGUGUUAGUGGCCGAUGAGAAGGGCGAGGUCUACAAGAUCGUACCUCUAGGCACAGACCCUAGCGACGUCAAGGUCACAGAAGCGGAUCGGGGAACGGUAGCGAUCAUGGCUACGCUAGACAAGCUUGAUAGGCAGAUUGAAGGUAUUCACGAGGAGAUGAUUAGUGCCCAGACCAAAGCCUCGACGUUCUUGAAGCAGAACCAGAAAACAAUCGCCCUCUCAUACCUCCGAUCGAAGAAGCAACUGGAGAGUGUUCUAGAGAAACGGGUCGGGGCGGCCGAACAGCUCAGGACGGUCUUAAGAGGAAUCGAUAAUGCCCAAGGGGACGCCGAGAUCAUCAAGGCCUACGAAAUGUCGACCUCGACCCUGCGUUCCGUCUUGUCGAACCCGGCGCUUCAGCGAGAUCGCGUGGACGCGACCAUGGAUGCCUUGGCGGACGCUCUCGCAGACCAGCAGGAGAUCGAUCAGGCUAUCCAGAGUGGCGGUCAGUUGGCCCUCGCCGGGUCUAGUGCAGGGGUCGAUGUGGACGAGGACGACCUGGAGAAGGAGUUGGAAGGGUUGGUGCAGGAGAAGAAGCGGGAAGAG